GGUUGCACUAGCUCAGCAACACAUCUUGCUGUUAAAAUUAAAAAAAUAACAAGAUUUAUAUUUAUAAAAAAAUAUAUAAAAAAGACUGAUUAAAGAUCUAUAUGUAAAAUGUGAGACUGCAAUUUUAAGAUUAAAAAUAAAUAAAAUUUUUUUUUUUUUUUUUUACGUUAAUAAUUAAUAACAACAAUUUAUAUUAUUGUUAUAAAUAUUAUAAACGUUAUUCAUGUUGUCAAUAAAUAAUCCAAGAUGAAUGGACAAUUUAAAGCAUCAAAAGAUAGGUUAGAUUUCUCCCUAUUCUCUUGGGGUGGAUUGACAAGUAGUACAACAAAUUGGUUUACAAAUUUAUCAACAUCUGAAGCAUCUGGUAUUGCAAAUAUACCUGAAAUUUUACCAGUUGAUGAUGACGAUGAAAUAGAUGUUGGUGAUGCUGCUGUUGCAACUGAAGUUGAUAAUAAAGUUAAAACAAAAUUGCUAACAAUGUGGAAUAAUGUUAAAUACGGAUGGUCAUCAAAAAUGAAAACAAAUUUUUCAAAAGAAUCACCAGUAUGGUUAUUAGGUUCAUGUUAUCAUAAAAAAAGUGAUGAUAAUUUAGAAGCAACAAGUCCAGAAGCAGCAAGUGAAGCUGCUGGUUCAGAUAAUGAUUCAAAUGGUGAUGUAUCAAUUGCUGAAGAUGCAACAAGUUUAGAUGAAACAAUGGAUGGUUUUAAACGUGAUUUUUCAUCAAGAUUAUGGUUAACAUAUAGAAAAGAAUUUCCAAUAUUAAAUGGUUCAAGUUUUAGUACUGAUUGUGGAUGGGGAUGUAUGCUUAGAAGUGGACAAAUGAUGCUUGCACAAGCAUUAGUUUGUCAUUUUCUUGGUCGAGAUUGGAGAUGGCGACCUGAUCAAUUAUCAAUAGCAACACCAUUAGAAGAAAAUAAACAUAGAAUGAUUAUAAAAUGGUUUGGUGAUCAACCAGCACCACAAUCACCAUUAUCAAUACAUAGUUUAGUAUCACUUGGUGCAUCAACUGGUAAAAGAGCUGGUGAUUGGUAUGGACCAGCAUCAGUUGCUCAUCUUUUAAGUCAAGCUGUUAAUACAGCAUCAUUAAUUCAUAAUGAAUUUAAUAAUCUUGCUGUUUAUGUUGCUCAAGACUGUGCAGUAUAUUUAGAUGAUGUUAAAAAAUUAUGUCAACUUCCUGAUGGUAGCUGGAGAUCACUUGUACUUUUAGUACCACUUAGAUUAGGUGCUGAUAAAUUAAAUCCAGGAUAUGGACCAUGUUUAACAGCAUUACUUAGUUUAGAUGUUUGUAUUGGUGUUAUUGGUGGUAGACCAAAACAUUCACUAUAUUUUAUUGGCUAUCAAGAAGAUAAAUUAAUUCAUCUUGAUCCACAUUAUUGUCAAGAAGCUGUUGAUGUAUGGAAACCAAAUUUUUCACUUGGUAGUUUUCAUUGUUCAUCACCUAGAAAAAUGCUUUUAUCAAAAAUGGAUCCAAGUUGUUGUGUUGGUUUUUAUUUAAGUGAUAAAAAAAUAUUUGAUAAUUUUGUUAAAAUUGUUGAACCAUUUUUAGUACCACCAAAUCAAAAAGUUGACUAUCCAAUGUUUCUUUUUUGUGAAGGUAGUGGUGAUGAUUUACGACGUGUUUAUGAAGAUAAACCAUCAUCAGUACCAGAUGUAGCACUUGAUACACUUGGUGAUGAUGUACACUAUGAGUGUGAAGAGUUUGAAAUACUCUAAAUUUUUUAAUUUAAAAAAACAUCAAUAACUCAAAAAGAGGAAACAACUAAAAAAACGUACUUAAAGAUGAAAAACAAAAAAAAAAAACAAAAAAACACUUUAAUCUGGGAAAGAAAAAAAGUGAAUUUCGCAAUCUCGUUUUGACUUUGUCAAAAAUUCCUGUGAAAAAAUUGAAAAUGAACUAGAAAUUCAUUGAGUAAUAAUAUUUUUUAUUAUUUUUUUUUCUUUGUUUUAAUAAUGGCGGUUACUUAUUGCUUUUAUUUUUAUUUUAUUUAUUCAAAAGAAAAUUUUAUCAAUAAAAAAAAAAGGCUAUAAGCUUUUUUUUUUUUUUUUAACAACUUAUAAAAUACAAGACUUGAC